AUGGGGUCUGCUUCGUUCAGAAGUGCUUCACGCCAUUGCCAUUGGAAAGAUUGUCAAUUCAGUACUUCCAACAGCGAGACCUAUGAGGAGCACAUGCUGUUGCACAGGCGAUGUCCAAAAGAUGGAUGCCUUUCAGAAUUCAAAGAGGAGAAAGACAUCCAAAGGCAUGUGUGGAAAACUCAUAGGAGAUGGGCGUUUUCAACGAAAUAUCCUUCUAUAAGAGGCGUUUGUGGUAUUUGCGGCAAAAUCUAUGAACGAAAAGACUAUGUGCGCCGCCAUAUGAGGGAAAAGCACCAAGACCAGAACAACAAGGUUAGACAACAAAGACCGCGCAGAAACAGACUCCUUUGGAAGCAAUAG